UCAGGUUGUUUCGUCACUUACCGAAGGAAACCCUAGAGUUUCGGAAGUGGACAUUAGAAGUUCCGUAAAUUAUUAUUUGAAAGUAAAAAUGGAGGAUGAGUUACUACUCUACCGACAUGAAAAGUUGGGGCAUGCCGCAUGCGAAAGAUGCUUGAGCUACAAGCAGGCGGCACAGGCGCAUCUGAUUCUGUAAGGAAUUUGCUUCAUUUAUAGAGAACCGGGAAAAACUUCAAUCAUCAAAGUGCCGCGACCGACGGCUUCGUUGAGUUCCGGUCGGGCUCCACUUAACCGUCUCGAUGUAGUCCGCAACGUGACGAUUUAUAAACUUAGCAGAGUAUGUGUUGGUUUGAAAUGUGUGCGCUAUGAUGGAAUGCAAGGAUAACGUACGAGUUUAUUGAGAAUGGUCGUGCAUCUGGAUGCGUCGUGGUUGUGAAGUUGGGAGGGUGAUGGUGGAAGCCUCUGGAUGGAGUGGAGACUGGUGUUUGUUGUUGAGGUAGGUUUUGUGUCUGAUAAUCGAUGGUUGAGGUUACAAGAUUGAGUAUUCGGGUGUAAGUGUUAAGUGGAGCGGUUUAGGGAUGGUGGCGAAUGGAUCCGUCAAACAGCGGACACGGCCGGAGUGGUUGCAGCAGUAUGAAUUGGUGGGGAAGAUUGGGGAAGGAACGUAUGGACUGGUUUAUCUCGCGAGGAGCAAAGAGCCGGCGCACAGCAGGGGCACUAAAAUUGCGAUUAAGAAAUUCAAGCAGUCUAAAGAGGGCGAUGGCGUUUCCCCGACAGCAAUCCGGGAGAUUAUGCUGUUGCGGGAAUGCGUACACGAGAACAUUGUGAAGCUUGUGAAUGUCCACAUCAACCAUGGCGAUAUGUCGUUGUAUCUAGCGUUCGACUACGCUGAGCAUGACCUGUACGAAAUAAUUCGACACCAUCGGGAGAAGGUAACCUGCAGUAUCAACCCGUACACGGUGAAAUCUCUGCUUUGGCAGAUUCUCAAUGGCUUGAACUAUCUUCAUAGCAACUGGAUUAUCCACCGUGAUUUGAAACCCUCCAAUAUUCUGGUAAUGGGAGAAGGCGAAGAGCAAGGAGUAGUGAAGAUCGGGGACUUUGGCCUGGCUCGCAUCUUUCAGGCACCGUCGCGGCCCUUGAGUGACAAUGGUGUGGUGGUUACCAUCUGGUAUAGGGCUCCAGAGCUGCUACUCGGAAGCAAGCAUUACACAAGCGCUGUCGAUAUGUGGGCCGUUGGGUGUAUCUUUGCGGAGCUUCUCACUCUCAAACCCCUCUUUCAGGGAAUUGAAGACAAAAGCAGUCCCAGUCCGUUCCAGUUUGAUCAGUUGGACAAGAUCUUCAAAGUCCUUGGCAAUCCUACUGCGGAUAAGUGGCCGACACUCACCACGCUGCCACAUUGGGCGCAAAACCGCCAAUCUAUCCAAUCUCGGAAGUAUGACAACCCAGGCUUUUAUAGCAUUGUACAGUUGCCACCAAAAAGUCCUGGGUUUGAUUUGUUGUCGAAAAUGCUGGAGUACGAUCCCAUUAAACGGAUCACCGCGGCGCAAGCAUUAGAGCAUGAGUAUUUUCGAAAUGAUCCUAUUCCAGGGCGCAAUUCCCUCGUUCCAGCAAAUUCAGCAGACAAGGUAGUGCCUUAUCCUCAGCGCCCCGUGGAUUAUUCAACAGACUUCGAUGGCACAACUGCCCCACCUCCUUCACAGAUGCCUAACUCCUCAAACAUGUCAGGGAGUUCAAAUCAACUGCACCCAUCUAUGAACGUCAACAUGCAACAACAGCACCGGAUUCAAAACUCAAACACCCUGAGUGUCAAUCAACCUGUUGGAAUGCAUGGUAUGAACAGUAGCAGCAAUAUGUAUAUUCAGAGAGGUAAUGCAACUGUGCCCCAGCAGCAACCGCAGCAGCAGCAGGGUCUCAGAAGAAAGGACCAGACCAACGUGGGCUACCCUGGUCAUUACCAGCCUCCUAAUAAGUCAAGGCGAAUUUGAAACAAGAUGGAGCCGUGCUGCCUCUCUUUCAUUGUAGAUCGAUGUCAUUUUUCUCUUGAUUAGUAGUUACUGCCUCAAACCUGAUGCCGCUCGGUGUAUAUACGCACUUACAAGAGAUAUCCAGGGUUAUGCUGAGCAGCCGGUGUAUACAUUCAUUGAAGGAUUACGUUUUGUCGCUUUGAUGACAGGUGUAAUCUAUCAUGCUCACUUCCAUCCCCCACAUUCGAUUUGGAGAUUCCGUAGGUUCCUCAGAGUUAUGUUCGCUAUAUUGAUCAGAAAGAAUGCUCCAGACGACAUGCAGGAGAUUUGUUGUUUGUCAAGAACAUUUUUAGUUUCUAUGGUCGAUGUCGAAGUUGGAGACAAUGAAGUGAAUCCAUCAUGCAUUUUGUGCAUGAUUCUGUGGAAAACUUGGUGAGGGUGUAUCAAUCGACUUGAUGUGCUGGAGACGUUGCUGGUGAGGUGAAGCUAGUAAAUUGGAAUGAGUGUCAUUUAAUUGGAUCAAAACUCCAUUGUUAGAAACUUGGGAUUUAUUUAGACUUGGCCGUAUGAGUUCAGAAAGAAUUGCAACUAGAUCGCUUUCAUCUUUGGCAGCUCCUGUCUGACUGCACUGUGCGCAUUUGAUCGCUUCUGAUUUUAUCAACCUCCCUGUUCCAGCAUCGCUUA